UAAGGACACGGAUGAAAAAAGAAAUCAAACCAGAGCUAUAUAUAAGCUGGCUCCUUUUUCGUUUCAGUAAGCCUCACCCUGUCUCCCGAGUCAACUCGUCAUGGAUUCGCUUAAAUUGAAAAAUAGUUUAGCACUCGUUGCUGGUCUCUUUGCUAUUCACCUGUCAAUCAGCUGCGCCCAUCCAGUUCCUUCUUCCUCUACGGAUGGUGUAGUUGAACAGGAGAUUUCCAACUUUCAGCGUUUCGCUCGCAAUAAUACAACUACCGGACAAGAUUAUCAUGAAGCUGAAGCCACCAAUGAAUCUUUUGUACUAACAACUGAAGCCUUCCCUAUGGAUCAAAGCGCCUUCAACAUCACGACGUCUUUUAUCAACCAAUUUCAUAGCGAUCUUUUCACCCCAACAUCCAAUCAAACGGAAGAGCCACUGGCGACAGACAUUCCGGAUUUAGUUGGAAACAUAACUCCACUACCUGUUAACGAGGAAGAAGUCUGCGAGACAGUUUCGGAAGAAGAUCAUUCUGUCAAUGUCUUAGAGAGUCUUCUUCUCGAUUCUGUUGCGCCAUCGACGGAUGGUACGGUCGAUCUUCCAUCUUUAAAACCGACGGAAGAACCGGAACUCCAAUGGGCAUUUGUUACACCGUUCGUCCCACAAGAUCGUUCACAUCUGCAGAUGUCUGUCUCAACGUCUCCAUCAGAUGUCACUUCGUCCACUUCAGGUGUGGCAGAGUUUCGUGAUUUUUCUAGCAGCGUCCCACCGUUGGACGUACUCCCUGAAUCUCAGUCGACAUCUAUAGCAUCUUUCGAAUUAUCCGGACACAUCCCAACGACUUCGACAGCCCCUCCAGCCACAGUUGCAUCCGCACAAGUCUCCAUUCCAAAUCAAUCGUCUUUCACUCCUGGCAUAGUGACACAGCCUGUUUUCAAUUCUUUGGAGAAUCCUACAUCGACGACCUUAGCUACAGAGACACUUGAAUCGCAAAAGAAAUCGUUUGAAACCUUAGAUCCACUCCAUCCGUCUAUCCAUUUGCAAACGGCUGUACGGAAGCUUGUGGAUAUGAAUCCUUUUCUUUUGAAUCCUACGUGGCCAACUGAAAUGGGAUUUCAUUCCAUUCCGGCGCAACGAGUGAUGACACAAUCCUUUGGCAACCAGCGUCCCACGUUUCACGCUAAGAUGAAUCCUUAUAGAAGAAUGUUGUCAGAGUUCCAGCUGGAUCCACCGUCCUAUCCCGGUGUACAGAGUUUUAGCCCGCAGGUACAUCCCGUUCAGUACAGAUAUCGCCAACCUGUUUCCCACGGUCAUCCGCGCGCUCCUUAUCCUCAUCCACACGAUAAUAACAAUGCUAUCCAUCGUUCGUUUGAAUCAGCUUCUCCGAAGUCGAGGAUGUUUGCCUUUCCCGGAAUAUCCAGCACACGCGAAAAUUUUCGUUUUCGUGUCAAUUGGGUUGAUGAAAUUGCGCCGGCUGGUUCGGCUUAAUUCGUCCAUUCACACUUUUAUUCAUUCACCCGAUUAUAUUUGCUUUACGGAGAGCGUGAAAUAACGUGACACGACUGACGAAAGCUGAGCUUGCGUUAAUGUUAGAUGAAAUGACGUGUUUUAAAUUCUAAUGAACAUGGAAGACAAUACAAAUAUAUACGUUA